AUGGUCGUAGUGCCCAUGGGUUUCUCCUGUGUAUGCAGUUCCAGCAAUAAUUCCUCUAACGAUAGAUCGGUGCUGCUGGUCACUCAGUUUCCACUACCUUACAUGAUCUUUGAUCUGUUUGCAUUCAUCUUUAGAGUGUCCACUACUGGAUUCUAUCUGAAAGAGCAGUACUUUGAAUAUUACAGCGAAAGCAAGCGCAAUGUGUAUGUCGUGGAGACAAGCGCAGUGUUAAUCAUGAUAUUGCUCUGGCUCCUCAGUUUUCCAUUUACGUUUGGGUUUCAUACACCACUGUUUAAAAAGAGAGCAAACGAUGCUGAUCCAACACCAGAAAAGCUGGAUUACACUGCCAAACAAUAUAUUUUUGUCGCUUUUUUGAUUACAGUUGAAAGCUGGAGAGAAAACACUGUCAAGGAUGAGGAAGGCGGUGCUGCUGCAGUACCUAUGACCUGA